CAGCUUAGCGUUGCCCCGCAGGCGCGUCGGACGGUGCAACAGCCCGCCGUCGCUGUCGUCUUCGCGAGCUUGCGACGUGCCCAGAGCGCUUACAACACUCGCAGCAAGGCCGCGGGCGAACGCGCUGUCGUUUAUUGUAAGCUUAGGUGGAUGCUAAUCCCGGUAUAUAGUGCCCCCAGCUCGUAACUUGUCUAACUUUACUGUUUAUUUUUUCCUUUAUUAGGAAGUACUUCCUCUUCCUUCAACGUCUGGACGUCUCUGUAUUUUAGGGUAGGAGGAAUACGGAUGCUCACUUUAUUAACCUGUUAGGGAAGCGAGUAAACGUUACAGGUGUUCGAGGCUUACAAGUAAAACCCAAGGCAGAAUUUAUUUAUUUAUUUUUUUCUUUUUCACUGUCCGCGGUACAUUGUACUACGCCUUCAACUUCUUUUGUUUUCCUUAUACCCGCAUUGCGUGUAUCGCUGUCCUUAUGAAAGUUUCCCGGCACCCCUGCCGAGAGAAAGCGCACACUCCGGACGUCUCCCCAGAGUCGAUUCUGCCACUAACACAGCUCAACACGUGGCAUUGUCCUUCUGCCAGAUAGAAUGGGGAAAGUCGCGAACGGGGCCGCAGAACGGUGCCGAGGCAGUCUGAAGGAACUGUGCGACGCUCUCCGGCGCAGCCGUCGUCACGAAAGCCGUCGUUCCAUCUCUACCUGAGGCAAAGAAAGGGGCCGAGAAGAACACCGGCCGGGCGCUCGACUGUUGCUUCGGUCCAUAGAUAUCGUCCCGUCGCUCCCGCGGAAAUGUGGUGGUGUCUGAGGCGAAGCGGAAUUCUCGUCGGUGGCUGGUUCCACUACGCACUCUUGGUCGUCGCGCUAGCGUUGCUGCUGCGCGGACAGGAAGCGGAAGCCGCCAAGGGACUUCCGGACAGGAUACCCAUCGGGGCAAUAUUCAUGCCUCGCCAGGAGGAGCUCCGCUACGCCUACGAGCACGCCAUGGAAGUCCACAAUCUCCGAGACCCCCUCUUUGGCGUCACCACGCACACAGAAGUUGUCGACUCCGACGACCCCUACCAGACCUCGAAAAAACUGUGCACAAUAAUGAAGAACGGCACCUUCUCCAUCAUCGCGCCCACCACGGCCACGUCUUACGCCACCCUGGCGUCGUACGCCAACACCUUCCGGAUGCCCUUUGUGAGCCCCGCGUUUCCACAGAUAACGGACGUGAGACCGGCACUGUACGGGAUAAGCCUGCGGCCCCGCUACCUGCCGGCCAUCGUGGAAGUGAUCAAGCACUACCGUUGGAAGAGCAUCCUCUACCUCUACGACUCAGACGACGGCCUGCUGAAACUGCAGCACCUGUUCCAGCUGACGACGGACCGGUACCACCUGGAGGUGAAGGUUGUCAAGCGCGUGCAGAACGCGUCCGAUGUGCACCGCUUUCUGCGACGUCUGGAGGACCGCGACCGCGAGUCGCGAAAGUACGUCGUGCUAGACUGCAGCGCCGACACCACGCGCCAUAUCAUCAUCAGCCACGUGCGGGACCCGUUCAUGGGGCGCCGAAACUACCACUUCCUUCUCACCAGUCUCAUAAUGGACGAAUUCCAAAAUAAUCCGAGCCUGGAGUUCGGCGCCGUCAACAUCACCGGCUUCCGGCUAGUCCAGAACACAACGCUUCCUUACAAGGAAGUGUUUACCGAGCGCAUCUCUAAGAUUCCUUGGCCGGACCCAAAAAAGAAAAGGAUAUCGGCCGACGCGGCUCUUAUGUACGACGGUGCCAAAGUGCUGCUGCACGCGUUCAAGCAGCUCCUGCGAGACUACCCGAGCAUCUUCAGCAAGAACUUCAGGCGCGGCGAGGUGUACAACAACAACACCCGAGGCAUCGACUGUCGCCGAGAGAAGGUCAUGCCCUGGGAACACGGCGAAGAGAUCGCCAAGCGCAUUCGCUCGACAAAGAUCAAAGGGCUGACUGGAAACGUCAGUUUUGACGACCGAGGCUUCCGAGUCAACUACACCAUCGACGUGGUAGAAAUGACAAUAAACAGCGAGAUGGUAAAGAUCGCCGAGUGGUCUGACCUAAAGGGCCUCAAGCUUUCGUCGCCCAAGUACCGCAGAGUUUACCAAGACACGGGUUUCGAGAGCAACAAGACCUACAUUGUGACCAGCAUUCUGGAAGAGCCCUAUCUGAUGUACAAGAAGCCCGAGCCUGGCCAGGUGCUGACGGGCAACGACGUGUUCGAGGGAUACUGCAAGGACCUGGCCGACCUCAUCGCCGACAACCUCAAAUUCAACUACACGCUCAAGCUGGUCAACGACUCGAAGUACGGUGGUCAAGACGCCAACUCGCAGGCCGGAUGGAACGGGAUGGUCGGCGAGCUCAUUCGUCAGGAGGCCAACAUGGCGAUCGCGCCUCUGACCAUCACCUCGGCCCGGGAACGGGUGAUCGACUUCACCAAGCCCUUCAUGUCGUUGGGCAUCAGCAUCAUGAUCAAGAAGCCCAUGAAAAAGAAGCCCGGCGUGUUCUCCUUCAUGAACCCGCUGUCGCGCGAGAUCUGGAUGUGCAUCAUAUUCGCCUACGUGGGCGUCUCGGUGGUGCUCUUCCUCGUCAGCCGCUUCUCGCCGCGCGAGUGGCGCUACGAGGAGACCUUCGUGGGGCCCUCGGUGUCCAACGACUUCUCGCUCUACAACAGUCUCUGGUUCUCCCUGGGCGCUUUCAUGCAGCAGGGAUGCGACAUCUGCCCCAGGUCCGUGUCGGGCCGCAUGGUGGGCAGCGUGUGGUGGUUCUUCACGCUCAUCAUCAUCUCAUCGUACACGGCCAACCUGGCCGCCUUCCUGACCGUCGAACGGAUGGUGACGCCCAUCAACUCGGCCGACGACCUCGCCAAGCAGACCGAGGUCGAGUACGGCACGCUGUGGUACUCCUCCACACAGGAAUUCUUCAGGAGGUCGAAAAUCGCAGUCUACGCCCGCAUGUGGGAGUUCAUGAACUCAAACAGCCGGGUGUUCACCUCGUCCUACGAGGAAGGCAUCCGGCGCGUGCGCGAAUCCAAAGGCAAGUACGCCUUCCUCAUGGAGUCCACCAAGAACGACUACAUCAACGAGCGCCAGCCCUGCGACACCAUGAAGGUGGGCGGGAAUCUGGACGCCAAGGGAUACGGGGUGGCCACGCCCCUCGGGUCUACCCUCAGGGACCGCCUAAACCUGGCCGUGCUGACUUUCAAAGAGAACGGAGACCUGGCGCGCCUCGAAAACAAAUGGUGGUACGAUAGGAGCGAGUGCAAGACGGGCGACAGCAAGGAGUCGACACAGAACGAGUUGACGCUGAGUAACGUCGCCGGAUGCUUCUACAUUCUCAUCGGGGGCCUCGUGCUUGCUAUGGUGGUGGCCCUGCUUGAGUUCUGCUAUAAGUCGAGGCUGGAGGCAUCCAGAUCUAAGAUGAGCAUGUACGACGCCAUGAAGGCAAAGGUCCGCAUGUCAAUCACCGGCACGCAAAAUGGAGACCGCGGCCUAGACCACGGAGAGCGAGGAAGGGUACGCCAGGAUACUCUCUCUAUAAUCCGGCGCCUCACCUAGGGCAAGUUGACGGCUUCGGAGAGUUUCCGGGAGUCAACACACACACCCAAGUAUAAAGCCAGCAACAUUCUCCCGGUGCGGUGCCGCACGAGAACGCUAAGUGCGCGUGCGCACAGAGCGAUUCCUGGACAGCGUUUACGCGCGAGUCCACGAUGGGACGGCGACGAAGAGGAAACCGAUCCGAGACGGCCACUGCAGCCUUCGACGUUGAAGAGAACGGGAGCAACCGUGCCCUUGAACGACGUGGGAUGCGCAUUCGGGAUUCUUUACCGUUUGUGUGUGCGGAGGACCAUCUCGGAGCUCGCCGUGCAUGCGUGAAUGUGAAUGUUUUCUCUCGCGUUGGCCGUAGGGACCACUUAUAUUCCUCGGCGCUGAAAGAAAGCCUUUAUUGUUUGUUACCUAUUUUUGUUUGCCUAGUUGUUUUUGCUUUUUUCUCACGAUGGUGGUGAUCUAGCGGUGUGUUCUUUUUCUUUCUUUCUUUCUUUCUUUCUUUCUUUCUUUCUUUCUUUCUUUCUUCCUUUCUUUCUUUCUUUCUUUCUUUCUUUCUUUGCUUGCACUCUGCAUUGCGGGCGGUGAUGUCACCACUUUCUGUUUUAAUGCGUCAGCAAUACGAGGGACACUGCAACAAAAAGUUUAUAGCUCGCGCAAAGCAAAUUGUAUUUACUUGCGUUCUACAAGCGCUGGCUAAUUUUGACAAUGUUGGUUAACCAUUGGCUAGUGUUCGCUAUUGACGGCUAAUCCUGGCUAUCAAGGUAAUUAAAGGUAAUUAAAGGUUGUUAACAGCAAUGCUAACCCAUUUUAGUAAAUGUUACCGCUAAACUGUUGCUGAAGUUUCCUUCAUUCGUUUUUUUUUAUUAUUCUGUUCUUUUGUUUUUCAUUACUCAGUGUUAAUAUUUUGUCGGCCAAAAAAUACUGGGAUCACAGUGCAGAAGAUCCUGUUCAUUUUGUCAUGUGCUCACAAAUUGUCGCACUUUCCAAUGGAGCGUAAAUAUGAAGGAGGACUGUGUGAGUCGAGAAUUAGUGUGUAUGUAUUAGAUUCGCGGACAUAGUGGGGACAGUCCUUGCCAGUCACGGAAAGCUCAACUCUUGGGUAUAGCGCAGUGUUUCGAGUGACACGCUACAACUUACGGGAAAAGGGUUUGCGACGAGACUCCGAAAUCAACAAUAUCUGAAGACAAACGGGCGCGUUAGAACCUAGAAAAAAUCCAAGUACAUACGUAACUCCGAUAACCGCAAAAAUCCCGCGACGCACGCGAUGGACUUUGAACUGAGAAGUCGUAAAGAAGUAUUUCAUUUUAGCUGGUUGCAAAACAUGCAUCGCUCCAAUUUAUCUCGCAUGUAUUUUCGUUGUUCUUGUUGUUUUAUGUUGUUUUCUGCCCGAAAAUCCUUCUGUAGAUACGACACAUUUUAAACACAUGUAUUUAGUAGCGUCGUGCAAGCCAUAGUCAGCCCUGUAGAUUUGUACUACGAAAUUCCAGCACAUUUAUUUUCUUUUAUUGUGCACACUCGCCAUAUACACCUAACCCGUUCAUUAUGCUUUUCGUGACAGAAUUGCGUGUGAAUAUGCGUAAGAAAGAAAAGAAAAUGUAAGAAUGCCCGCGCUUUUAUACAACGGCUCCUGAUCGCCUGUACGGGCGUCAGGCCGCGCAUAUAUAGAACGUCGUGUGAACGUGCUCGCGUUUACGUCACCACACAGAGCCGACUGGAACAAAGCUGUUUCUUGAUACCCUUCUCGUCAAAGAGUAGCUCACCUCCGUGGUUAACAAACAUUAGCAAGAAUAUUA